UAUAACUAGCAUCAGUUGUACAAUGUGAUGUCAUAGUAUGCUUAUUAACUAACGUUUUUCAAUACUCAUACGUUUCAAAUAAAAUGAGAGUAAUAUUUUACAUAACAAUAGAAGUCUCAGUGUUAUAUAGAGUUUAAAAUAAUUAAUAUCAAGUGGUACACACACUCGUUAGGGAAUCAAACUUAACCCUAACCUAACUAUUAAAAAGGUUAUGUUGUGAAUAUAACUUCUCUAUAAAUUUGUGGAUUAUUGCUUGAAUUUAGUGAUAAAAAGAAAAAUUUUUAAAAUGUCGUAUCUAACACGAAAGGAAAUAGAUGAAAUGAAACCACAAAUUGAAAAAGCAGUUCAUAAAUUUCUUGGCUUCAGUGAACCAGCAAUUGUUACUACUGCUGUCAAUUGUAUCACUUCUGGCUAUGACAAACGUAAAACAGCAGAUAAAUUAUCGGCUUUACUGGAAGAUAAAAAGGCUUCUAAGUUGACAGAGAAAAUUUUUACAAUAUAUGAUGAUACUAAAGCGACUCAAAAAAGCAAAAAACGAUCUCAUCCUGAAGAUAAAGAUAAAGAUAAAGAUGCAAAAAAAUCCAGAUUUAAAGAUGAUGAAACAAAAAAUGAGAAGCCUAUAGACACUCAACUUUCUGCAGACAAGAUCAGGCAAAUGAUGGCAAAUGCGCAAAAAGAAAUAGAAGAAAGAAAAAGAGCUUUGAAGGCAAUAAAACAAGAAGAUGCUUCUGCAAAGCCAAUAUUUAAAGGACGAGAUGCCCUUCCAACAGUAGGAAGCAUGUACAAUCAGGGCCUAUUAAGUAAAACAGAUUCAGACAAAGCACGAAAAAUAGCUGCGUUGCAAGCGCAGAUCAAAAAUAAAUUAAACUCAGGACUACUUGGUAAUGUUAAUGUACCAGACAAACCAACUCCCUUAAUCUUGGAUGAAUCUGGCAGAACAGUAGACAUAACAGGUAAAGAAGUGCAAUUGACUCAAGUAGUGCCUACAUUAAAAGCUAACAUACGUGCAAAGAAAAGGGAAGAAUUCCGAGCGCAACUGCAAGAAUCAAAGGGUCCAGAAGAAAUACAGGAUACUCAUUUCUUUGAUAACAGAAUAGGUGUAAAACCAGCAAUGCGCGGUAAACGUGCAUUGAAAUUUCACGAACCUGGCAAAUUUCAACAAUUGGCAGAAAGAAUACGUAUGAAGACGCAAUUAGAGAAAUUACAAAAUGAGAUUAGUCAAAUUGCUAGAAAAACUGGAAUUAGUUCCGCAACCAAAUUAGCUCUCAUCGCACCUAAAACUGAAGCUCUUUCUGAAGAUGUGCCUAAUAUAGAAUGGUGGGAUUCUGUCAUAUUAACUGCCGGAUAUCCUAAUGAAAAUGAGCCCACGACAAUCAAGAGUUCUACUAUCACAAAUUUAGUGGAACAUCCAACACAAAUGCGACCUCCAACGGAUCCUUUGAAACCAAUAUACAUGCCUGUAUUUCUUACGAAGAAGGAGCGUAAGAAAUUAAGAAGACAAAAUAGACGAGAAACAUGGAAGGAAGAACAGGAAAAAAUUCGAUUAGGUUUAGAACCACCACCGGAACCGAAGCUGCGGAUCUCGAAUCUUAUGCGAGUUUUGGGAACUGAAGCUGUGCAGGAUCCUACUAAAAUUGAAGCUCAUGUGCGACAACAAAUGGCUAAAAGACUAAAAGCUCAUGAAGAUGCAAAUGCAGCACGGAGACUCACUGCUGAUCAACGUCGCGAAAAGAAAGCGAGAAAACUUAAGGAAGAUACUAGUCUUGGUGUAAACGUCUCUGUUUACAGAAUACGUGAUCUUGUCAACAAUGCUUCAAAAAAAUUCAAAGUGGAGACUAACGCGAAACAACUUUAUCUUACUGGUUGCGUGAUGCUGUUCCGAGAUUGCAAUGUUGUUGUAGUGGAAGGUGGGACAAAGCAGCAAGCUAAAUACAAACGAUUGAUGAUGCAUCGCAUCAAGUGGGAAGAAGAUAUAGUGAAGGAUAACGAUGGGAAUGAUGUACCGAACAGAUGUGUUCUCGUUUGGGAGGGAACAAGUAAACAGCGGCACUUCGGCGAGAUUAAGUUUAAAGUAUGUCCGAUCGAAAAGAUGGCACGUGAACAUUUCAAAAAGCAUCAAGUGGAACAUUAUUGGGAUUUAGCCUACAGUGGCGCAGUACUCGAUAACACAGACGAUGUACACUCCUAAAAACACAAUCUUGUAAAUUAAACGCAUAAUAUACAUCUAAUGCAACAAAUAAUAAAUAAUUUCUUGACAACUUCAUAAAAUUAUUAAGAGGAAAGCUAAACAAUGUAAUUGUGACAAAUGGAACAUAAAUAAACGUGUUCAUUGCUUCCA